AUGUGUGAAACCAUGUCAUACUAUAUCUAUGUAGGCUAUAUGCUAAAAAAUGAAUUUCAGACUUAUAAGAACAUUGAUUUCAAACUCAUGGCUACAAGUUUGGUUAAGGUAUUAGAGGUUUGUCGAGACACACCAUUAGCUGACUUACCUGAGUCUAUUACCGAGUCAUCUCUAGCUCUAACAUAUUUCGACAUGAUUAAUCUCAAAUUUCACUUAGUCGAGCGCCUAUUUUUCUUUGAACAUCCUGAUUUAACUUCACCAAUCUUUGACUCAGUGGUCAUCCCUAAGCUCAAAUCAUCUCUCUCACUCACUCUCCUCCACUUCAUUCCUGUAGCAGGAAAGAUCACGUGGCCUCUUGAUGCCACCAAACGAUUCAUCUUAUAUACUCCAAACGAUGGCAUUUCGUUUAUAGUCGCAGAAUCAAAUGCAGAUUUUACCUAUCUUUCAGGCAAUCAAAUGAAGGAAGCUGUCGAUUCACGUCUCUAUGAGUUUAAUAUAUUUGACUCGGAAGCAUCCACUAUAGCUUUCAAAAUAACUUUAUUUCCAAAUCAAGGAUUUUCUAUCGGCAUUAUUACCCAUCAUGCUAUUUUCCAUGGCAAAAGUCUCAAUAUGUUCAUUAAAGCAUGGGCUCACAUAUGCAAACAAAGUGAUAUAUCAACUCCACUUUUUGGUCAGACAUUUAUUCAAGACCCAGAAGGACUUGAUAUGGUGUACUUGAACAAUUCGAUGGAAGCGAGGUUACCAGGUUUAAAUGACAAACCUAGAAGCUUGAAGUUUACAUCAUUUUCCAACUUAACUUGAGCAAUGUUCAAAUUGUCUGGCGAGAAUAUAAAGAAACUUAGGCAAAAAGUAAUUUCUACAUUGGAUGGUGAAAAUCAAAUAAAAACAAGAUAUUUAUCAACAUUUAUGCUCUCAUUUGCAUAUACUUUUGUUUGCAUAGCUACAGCAAAAAUGUUGGAAAAGGAAGGAAAGAUCCGCGCAGCAUUGGCUGCUGAUUUAAGGGACCGUUUGGAUCCUCCCAUACCCGAAAAUUGUUUUGGAAACUUUGUUACUGGAAAUGGUAUACUUAAAGAAGUAGAACCUCUUUUCAAAGAGAGUGGUAUUAACUUUGUUGUUGAGAAGCUUAUCGAUAAAAUAGAAGAAUUAAAUAAAGGAGUUCUUGAGGGAGCUAAAGGAAAGCUUGCAAAUAUGUUGAAGGGUAUGGAGUCAAGUACAUUUGGAGUUGCUGGUUCACCUAAGUUUAAGCUCUAUGAUAUAGAUUUUGGGUGGAGGAGGCCAAAAAAGGUGGAGAUAGUAUCUAUAGAUCGAAAUGGAGCAAUUUCUAUGGUAGAGAGCAAAGAUGAGAGUGGUGGUGUUGAGAUUGGCUUAGUCUUGAAGAAGCAUGAAAUGGAAAUGUUUAACUCUCUAUUUGUUAAUGGCAUUUUAGACCUUUAAAGUGCACCAUUUUAGUUAGUAUUUGUGGAUGAUAAUAAUAAUUGUUCAUGGUAAUUACUUGCUUCUUGGUAGCGAGGAAGAAGGGGUUUCUCUUUUUCUUUUUUUUCUUUUUUUUUUAAUAAUUAGGUUUUGGAUGGAGUUUAAACUAAC